AUGAUCACUAUAAGGGAGGAGAGGAGUGUGGAAGAAGUAAACACACAAACAGAACACUUUCAAGACAAUCCAAAUGAAAAGCAUGAAGAGAGAAAUCAAGCACCCAAUCCCACACACAGGAAGGAGCUAAAAAAAGAGGAGACUCUGAACCCAUAUGCACCUUUUCCCCAAAGGCUCAAGGGUGGUGUAUCAAGGAUAGUGUAUUCAAGGUUCCUCGACAUAUUUGCAUCUCUUCAUGUAAACAUACCGUUCAUCAAGGCUCUCCAGCAGAUGCCCUCAUACAUCAAGUAUAUAAAGGAGCUGCUGACCAAAAAGAGUUCACUUAAGGGCGAGCAAACAAUAGUGAUGAAUAAGGAGUGUAGUGCUCUCAUUCAAACAGAGCCACCUACAAAAAGGAAGGACCCAAGGAGUUUUCACAUCUCCUGUGCUAUAGGAGAAACAAUGAUUGAUAAGGGACUCUUGAAGGUUGGGAACUACUUCCUUCCCACAGACUUUGUUAUCUUGGAGAUGGAAGAGAAUCACAUCCAUCCCAUCAUCCUGGGGAGACCAUUCUUAGCCACAGCCAGGGCACUUAUAGAUGUGGAGCGAGGAGAGCUAAUAUUGAGGAUACAUGAUGAACAACUCACCUUCAGUGUUUUCAAACCCUCACAAGAAGCAGAUCAAGAAACCAAAGAAUCAAGGGAAGGGCACAAUAAGGCACUGAUGGAAGAAACAAGCACGGAAGCACAAAUACUACACCUGGAAACCCCUUUGGUUGACAAACAAUGCAGUCAGAAGGCAUAA